GUUUCGAUCAUACACCCUGCAAUUCUUCUUCUUCUUCUGUUCCUUCUUGUCCAAGUUUGUGUUAUUGGUGAGAUUACCAAAUGGGUUCCUCCAGAUUGUUGGGUCUUACAGCCAUGCUUCUCUUGGUGCUUCUCCCCAUGGCUGCCAAAGGGGAUAUUGUUGAUGAUAUUCUUGACAAGGUUUGUGAAGAAGUGGAAUGUGGGAAAGGAAAGUGCGUGGUAAACACAACUUACCCAUUGAACUUCAUCUGUGAAUGUGAGUCUGGCUGGAAGAGAACUAGAGACGAGGACAGUGACAAAUAUGGCACUAGCUUUCUUCCAUGUGUCAUUCCCCAGUGUAGCUUAAACUAUGGUUGCCAGCCAGCACCACCUCCAGUUCCAGAGAAGAGUCUACCACAUAACUUAUCAGCUUUUGACCCUUGCUAUUGGGCGUACUGUGGGGAAGGAAAAUGCAUCACGAACAGAACAUAUACAUACGGAUGCGAGUGCAGCCCCAAUUUUUACAAUCUUCUCAACAUCUCUGUCUUCCCUUGUUACAGUGAAUGUACUCUUGGAUCUGAUUGUUCAAGACUUGGAAUCAAAGUUGCAAAUUCAACAGGAGACUCAACUGGUGACAGUGGCACUAGUCUAGCAAGCUCAAUCUUACCAGGAGGAAGUUUCCAAUGGAUGGUUAUGUUGUUGAUGUCAACGGGUAUGGUUAUGUGGAGCUAGGAUGCAAAGAGAGGUGGCUAGUGGUGAUUGGAAUUAUUGAUUUGAUUUCUGUUCACAGUGAUUUUUGUGUAAUAUAAUACUAAUGCUGAUACAUAAUAUAGCCUCAUUUGCCAGUAGUAUAUAAGAAUAAAACCAGGGUUCAGUCAUCAGGUGACUACUGUAUGUAUGGUAUACUGUAUACACAUGCACAGAUUUUAUACCCAUGUAUGUACACAUUAUUGCUAUAUUUUAUAAUGUCUUUUCAUUAUAAA